AUGGGGACACUUUUUACAAUGGACUCGCGUUACGAUGCCGCUGGGCCACCAGAAAAUAAGUUUCACCGAUGUACACACUCUUACUCCCUCUUCUCACCCAGCAAGGACACUUUUGAGCACCAACAAUUUGAACCAAAUGGUAUAUCUGAGGCGUGGGAGUUGGUCAUAGUUGGUGUACAAAAGAAAGACAGCGGUGACUACCACUGUCGUCUCACGGGAAAUAUGCCUCAAAGUUUGGUGUAUCAUUUGACUGUUAAAAAAUUCGUGCCUGAGGCGAUAAUUUCACCUAAAAAUUUCAUUGCACUCUUCACCAAAAUAGAAGAUAUCGAAUUCUGGCAUUUUCAAACUUCCAUAGCACUAAUUGAUCCUUUUUUACUAAGAAAUACCUCUACUUAUUCCAUUUACCAAACAGUAACUGUCAAUGCUCCAAGGUACGUUCGUCGCUAUGAAUCAGCAACCUUUGCCUGUUCCAUGGAAGCAAGUCAUGGCGAUUUUUCCCAAAUCAUAGUUGAUUGGUACCGCGUUACUCCAGGUCAAAAAGGUGUGGAUGGUCACCGGCUAAUCGAAACUCAGGAGUGGAACAAUAUCAGUGUUUAUAAAGAGAUUCUAAGUGAUUCCAAGUCCGGACUGCGACUCAAUGCAGUGAUGCAAAUACAUUCGACAGACUACCAACACGAGGGGAUAUAUGAGUGUCAAGCGCAUCAGAUAACUCACAACAAACGACCUAGAGUGUACGAUUCGAUUGCAGUCGCAUAUACGGGUUGGUUCAUUUUCUACUUAAACUCCUAA